CGUUGCCAUACAGUUGAAUUCCCAACUUGCUUCAAGUCCAAAGUAUGUACAUACAACAAUACACUUGUUCCCAUCAGAUUUUUACACUUAUUGGUUUUUUGCAAACCUUAAUGCUUCUCCCUCUUUCCACUUGCGCAGAUCCAAGGUCUGCAUAAAAAUAAUCCCAGUGAAGUGUCUGAAGAUAUAUAUGCACUAGCGUGUGGUCUUGAACCUUGGGUUGUGUCAUACUCUACUUGCAUCAUGAAUGGCAUAAGAUUUCAUACGAGAAACUGUGAAUAACUCUGUCGUACUCAAAAUUCUGGUGUUUUGGUUAGUGGUGAACACCAAUCAGAAAGUGUCGAGUUUUAUGGUGUUGUAAAAGACAUUUUGGCAUUACAGUAUAUGGGAUGGCAUCAUGUCUACUUAAUUGAGUGCCAAUGGUUUGACAUUGCUGAUCCCAUACGAGGGAUACGUGUGGGUGAGCAUGUUAUGAGUGUUAAUAUGUCGAGAUCACGGUACAAGGACGAGCCUUUUGUUUUGGCAUGCCAAGCUUCACAUGUGUUUUACCUACAAAAUACAGGCUUGGGUAGUAGUUGGUAUGCGGUGCAGAAGGUGAGAAACAAAAAUGUUUAUGACGUUCCAUCGAACCCAUUAAUAGAAGAUUAUGAAUCUGAUUCCAGAGACGUUGAUGUUUACCAAGAGGAAAAUGACGGAGAUGCUUAUAUACCAGUCCAAGUCGAUGACGAUGGACUAGUUAGUCCAUUGCACAGGAGAUAUGUUCGGAUGACAGUUCCAACUCUCUUGGCAGCACAAGUGAAGAUCUCUCCACUGAUGAUGAAACAGACUCGAAUUAGGUGUGGGGAAGAAACUUGGAUGAGCUGGAUGACCACUACAUAUGUUUGUUGUCCUUUGUUUUUGCGUCUGACCUAGAUGAGCUGAAAGGCUUGAAGAAGUCUGAAGUAGCUAAUGUUGAAGGAGAUGAAGUAGCUAAUGUCUGAAGUAGUUAGCUACUGGAGGAGAUGAUUGAAGAAGUCUGAAGUAGCUAAUGUAGUCAAAGUCUAGUACUACAUACAGUGAUCCUGUAUUGUAAAAUUAAUGAUGAUGGAUGACUUGUGACUGUAAUAUUUUUUGGAAUGAUUAAAUGACUGUAAUGAAGAAGUUUGUACUACAUGAAGUGAUCCUGGUUUAAUGACUGUAAUAUUUUCUGAAAUGAUUAAAUUUUAUGAAGAUUG